AUGAAGCGUUUAAUCAUACAUGGAAUUUUCUUCGCUUGCAUUGUUGGAUUUUUGAUGAACCAUAAGCCUGAACCUGAAGAACAAAUUGUUGUACCAAAUACAACAAUGUCGUCAAUUCCAGCUCAAAAUUGUCACUUCUCAUCGAUCCAAGGAAGAAGAUCAUACCACGAGGAUCGCGUAACAUGCAAUGUUGAUCUUAAAAUUCCUCGAUUUGGACUUAAUGAUGGCGUUGAAGAGGUCAAAGUUGGUGUUGUAGCAGUUUUUGACGGGCAUAUUGGAUCGGACGCUAGUGAGAUGGCGUCUAGGGUUUUUUUAAAUAAGUUUCUCCAGAAGAACUACGGGUACCAAAAUUCUAACCCUAAGGAAUUUCUGAAAUCGUCGUUAGUUAAAACGAUUGAAGAAAUUGAUGCAGAAUUCAGCGAACUCGCUCUGGAAUACCAACUUUAUUCUGGAUCUACUGCAGUUGUUGCUCUCAUAUACAACAAAAAACAGGUUUUAGUUGCAAAUGUUGGGGAUUCGAAGGCAUUUAUUUGCUCUGGAAAAUUGGCAAAGGAGUUGACAGAAGAUCAUAAUGCAGAUAGAUUGGACGAGAGGGCCAGGGUUGAAGCUUCUGGAGGUAAAUUCACAUUUUAUACUAAUUCUGUUCCUCUUCUCAAUGGUCAUUUUCCGAUGACUCGAGCUAUUGGUGAUGUUACUUUGAAAAGAGUUGGAAUCAUAGCUACUCCAGAAGUGACUGAUUGGCUAAAUUUAACAUCAAAAGAUGAGUUUUUGGUUGUGGCAUCUGAUGGAAUAUUUGAAAGCUUAAGUCCCAAAAAAGUUUGUGAGUUUUUAUAUGAAGCAGAGGGCCAUUCAGAUUUAACAGUAUUGGCUCAACAUAUUGUUCAGAAAGCAUUUUUAGAAGGCAGCACAGAUAAUUUAUCAGUUGUUUUGGUUCCCUUAUGA